AAAACGAUUGCGUACAUAACCGAUUUGACUUAUAAACUGACCAAUAAAAUAACAGCGCUGACAAGCCUCGUUUUGGAUGUAAACAUGGAAGUGUACGAAGUGGAUAUGUGAUUGUUAGUGCCAAGAAUGGGACUAUCCAGGUACUGGGUUGGACAGUAUAUGCUGGAAAUUUGCUUCGGCUACGGAUAAUAUGGAUCACCUGUUCUCUGUUCAAAGACCAUGGAGUGAACAUUGAUUGAUAUUUUGGAUUUAAGCGUGAUUUUAUUAGUCUUAUAUCACUAAUUUUCUAGGAAAUAGUGUGAAGAAUGUGAAUUAUUUUCACAUUCUAACAUAACUAUUUUGAGCCAGAGGUGCAUUUAAUAGUUUUUUCAGAUUUAACAGGAAGAUCUCCUUUUAGUUUCUAUUUUGGUUCCAAAGUGCCUUCAAUGCUAUUUCUUGUGUUUUAUUCUGAAAUCAAACCAAUAUACUGGUGAAACUAAUUAAAAGGUGUUCUGAAUAGAAAGUUGUGUGUUUAGUUGGAAUUAAUGAACAUUUGUUUAACUUGAUAUUGUUGUCAGUGAUUGUGUGGUUCUAAAUUUGUGAAAAGAGCCAAGGUUUGAAGCUGCCUCAGGGCUUGGCCCUAGUUAAACAGUGGGAAAGGCAUGAUGUAUCCGGCGCUGGAUCACUAUAGCUACAACAUUCACCAUGACAACUAUGCUAAAAUGGCCCACUGUACAGACAGAAAUUUCAUCCUGUGUCUUCAGAAACAUCCCAGCAAGAGAGAUGAUGUGGAUCUUGAUGUCAUCUACUCUUACCUGCAUGGUAUGGAGGCCCUUUCAUCCCUACGUGAGCCAGCCCUGCGAGCCCUGUGUCGCACUGUGAGAUACGAGUACCAUGAGGCUAAUGACAUACUGUACUGUCAGAGGCAGUUGAGCACUUGCUGGUACAUUCUUCUGUCAGGGUCUGUGUUCAUAGAGGGCUCCAUGUUCCUGCCAAGGAGCAGUUUUGGCAAGAGGACUCCAGGAUGUGCGAGGCGGGCCAGCGAAUGUUUGAUCCUCGAACCCUCCGAAAUGAUUGUGAUUGACUACCCGGAUGUACAGGUGAUGAAACCUGGGUCUCGUAUGGCCCCAUGCAUUAACAUGAGUCUUGAUCGACUACCGUAUGACACCCAUGACGACUCACACAUGCGCCGUAUGAACUCAGACACUUCAGGCUUCUCAGAACAGACAAUCCCUGACAUUCAGGUGGGCUACAAUGGCCGUGAUAUGUAUCGUAACGAGCAGCUGUUGAAGCGAUGUUCACGGGCCAGUGACACCUCUAGCGCCUACUCGGGCUCAGACAUGAUGCAAUCCUCGCUUGAGGACGGGGAGAGCGCAGACUGUGACCUGCCCAUGAACCUGCAGGAGAGCGGCGUGGACCCUGAGUCCGAUGAUGAGGAGGGGUUUGGCGAGAGCACUGAGUCACUGCCUGUGCGGGACACGGUACGGGACUGUCUGGAGAAGGACCCCUUAGAGAGGAAGGAUGACGAUAUUGAAGUUCUAUUGGACUUCAUGCAGCAUUUCCGGGCUUUUGCAAAUAUGACCCUGGCGACGCGGCGGGCCCUGUGCGCGGUGAUGGUGUUUGCAGUGGUUGAGAAGGCGGGAACCAUCGUGAUGAAGAACGGAGAGGAGCUGGACUCCUGGUCAGUCAUCCUAAACGGGCAGGUCGCCAUAGAAACAGAGGAGGGAACACAGAAUCUCGGCCUUGGGGACAGUUUUGGCAUCACCCCAACUAUGGAGAAACUGUUACACAGGGGGACAAUGCACACAAUAGUGGAUGACUGUCAGUUUGUGUGUAUAGCACAGUCAGACUACUACAAAAUCUUGCAUCAGGGAGAAGAAAACACACGUCGCCAUGUUGAAGAUGGCAAAUUAGUGCAAGUGACAGAGUUACGGGUCUUUGACGGGGGCACCAGAAGAGGCCAUAUAGUCAUUCGGGGCACGGCCGAGAGCCUGAUGCGUCACCUUGUGGAGGACCACAGCCAGGUGGACAACACCUACGUGGAGGACUUCCUGCUCACCUACCGCACCUUCCUGCCCUCACCCACACUCCUCACCAACAGGCUCCUCCAGUGGUUCGAGGACCCCAACCUCCGCGCCAAGGUCACCAGGGUCGUACUGCUCUGGGUCAACAACCACUUCAACGACUUUGAGACCAACGCGGACAUGUGCGAGUUCCUGGAGCACUUUGAAGAUCUCAUGGAGAGAGAGCAAAAUAUGGACAAGUGCACAAGAUCACAAAUGAAAGGCCAGUUACGACUUCUCAACCUUGCCUGUGCCAGUAAGGCGCGACCUCGAACUGUGACCUUAACCAGGGCCACCAGGGAUGAGAUACUCUACUUUCAGGUGUUAGGAGGUCAAGAAUGGAACAGUGGGAUCUUCAUCAAGAAGGUAGAGAAGGAUUCCAAGGCGUACGAUGCCGGCCUUAAGCGGGGCGAUCAGAUUUUGGAAGUGAAUGGUGCCAGCAUGUUAAACAUGUCUCAUCAUAAAGCCAUGGAGUUGUUGCGAAAGACUACACACUUGUCCAUUACUGUGAAAUCAAACUUAGCAGAGUUCAAGGAAAUGUUAGAACACAAUGAAAAGAACGCUAAUAUAAAGCGACAGGACUUCCAACAAACAAACACUAAGCAGCGGUUAUCCAUACCUGACCUCGAGCAAGCCCUUGUGCAACAGUCGUCUGCAAAUGAUUCAGGGACCAGUAAGAAACAUGCGGCAAAGAAAGACAAGGGGUUCAUGAACACGAUAGCAAGCAGCAAACCACGCUUCCGCAGAGCGCUACGCAAUCUUAUUCCACGAAACAUGUCAACCAGCAACAUGAACAUCGACCCAUCAUUAAACCAUUCGGACGAGAACUUAUCGAGCCAAUUAUCUCGUAAAUCUUCCACAUCGUCGGGGUCCUCCUCCAACACAACCAGCAUGAGCAAUCACCUGUCAGCCUCCAACCCGGACCUGUCUUCCUUCUCAUCUCUCUCUGUGGAUGACAAGCAGAUGGACUUCCCAGAACACGUCGUCAAGGUGUUCCGCUGCGACCAGUCUUUCAAGUUCCUGCUCAUACACAAGGAAACUUCCGCCAAGGAAGUUGUUAUGUUGUCAUUGCGAGAAUUCGGGAUUACCGAUCAAAGCAGCAAUUACUCCCUGUGUGAAGUGACCGUGGAAUCAGAAGGAUUCAUAAAACAGAAGCGUCUUCCUGACACCCUCCAGAACCUGCCAGAACGUCUCACCCUCAAUGGAAGGGAAAAGGCAGGAUAUGUUAAUGCAAGGUAUUACUUAAAGAACAACAUGAGCACGGAGCCCCUAGUGCCCGAUGAGCUGAUGAGUGAGCUCAAGAAAGAGGCCCAGAUCAGCCUCACACAGCUCAACCCCCUCGAGGUGGCCUCACAACUCACCCUCGAGGAUUUCAAGAUCUUCAAGGAGAUCCAGUUCACGGAGUACGUGGACGAGAUCUUCCAUAUCAAGUCCAAGUAUGGCGCUCCCAACCUCAAGAGGUUCUCUGAUUUGUCCAAUAAGGAAAUGUUCUGGGUGGUGACAGAAAUCUGCACCGAGACAAACAUCAAUAGAAGGGUGAAGAUAAUCAAGCAUUUUAUCAAAAUUGCAAGACAUUGCAAGGAUGGAAAAAACUUCAACUCCAUGUUUGCCAUUGUGAGUGGCUUGAAUCACUCGUCAGUGCAGCGGCUACACAACACCUGGGAGAAACUGGGUAAUAAGCACCGCAAGUGGUAUGAGGACCUGAUUGCAUUGUUAGACCCCUCCAGAAAUAUGUCCAAGUACAGAAACCUGCUGUCCAGCCCGUUUGUUCAGCCACCAAUGCUCCCAUUCUUCCCUGUGGUAAGCAAGGACCUGACGUUCAUUGAUCUCGGCAACGACUCCAAGGUGGAGGGCCUCGUGAACUUUGAGAAGCUGCGCAUGGUUGCCAAGGAGAUCAGGCACAUCUGCAACAUGUGCUCACCACAAUACGAUGUCAAUACAAUGUAUUUGAACACGCAAAGCAUGGAAGAGAACUCCUUAAUAUUUGGGAUGGCCACUAUGAAGAGAAACAAAAACCGGCGUACAUCAACUGUGCCCAACGCUCGCAAGAUGUAUGAGGAGGCUCAGAUGAAGCGGCGGGUCAAGUCGUAUCUUAGCAACAUUCCCAACAUCCGGGAUGAGGAGAAGCUUGCAGAGAUGUCCAAUCAGUGUGAAGCUCCCGCCCGGAAGCCGGACUCCUCUCCCAGUCUGAGUGCCAGCUCCAGCAGUGUGAACAGUGAGGAGAGAAAACCAGUCUACACUGGACCCAAGUUUGGUGCCGAAACCGUGGAACACACCCACAAACUCAUGGCCCUAAGUGGGAAAGUGAAACCCCACGAAUCUAAAAUCCCCCAUUCCCUAACUAGUCCGAACCUGUCCGGGGGUCGUAGGCAGCCCAUGUCUCCGCGACACUCGCGCCCACCCGUCCACCUGACCACAGAGUCCUCGUCAGUUGUCAGCCUUAGCAAUAUAGCCAAUAGAAAACCUAGUCGCACUGCCUCAGUGAACUCCACGGAAUCUCACAGUCCCACGGCAAGCAUCAAGAGUGGGGGUAGCACACAUGGCCAGUACGAGUCUGACUCUGGUAUUGCGGGCAGCACCCCAACAUAUGACAACCACAGCGUCUCUUCUGGCCCCUCCCACCCGUCUCCUGCUCUCUCAAGGCACUCCUCUACGUCAUCAGGCAACCACCCAUCAUCCUCUAGCAACCACCCUCUAGCCCAGCAGAACUACAAACCCCACAUGCAUCCCCCACAGUCAGCAGGUGUCUCUUCGUUGCCAGGGCAACCGCAGCAGCAGCAACGUCCUCCGUUACCUCCCUAUCAUGUUGUGAUGCAAAAUGUGCAAGCUAACAGUCAGUUCAUCCACACGACUUACACGUCCGUCCGUCGCCCCCCUGACUAUCAGUCGGCCACGGCUCAUGUGGCAAGACAGAGGGACAAACCGUGGCCUGGGGCCAACGGCAAGGUUUAUAUGGAGGAUAGUUUUGGCCAUUCCCAUGUAAAUGAUCACACACUGUAAAAUUUGGAAGAUGAUGAGGAUGAGGUAGUGUCUGCAGUGUGAGGGGUGUCAGUGAGACAACUCUAGCUUAUCUGUGAUAGCUGUCUGACAGCAGGGAUGUGGUUAGCUCCCCUGACGAAAUCCUUAGAAUAUAAAGGAUUUCAUAGGCCUUGAAUGUCAGUGUUGAAUGAGGUAUAGGUUUAUUGGUCAGUUUAUAUGAGUCUAUCUGGGGCAAAGAAUGAAAUGAGAAGUGUGAGUAAACUAGGGGACUUAACAUUGACAGGGUUAAGGAACAAUGAGGGUGUAAUGGCUCCCAACGGGUGGAAACAGAGAUCUGAGUAGUGGUAAACUGUGUCAGUUAGGAACAGUGCAGUGGAACACAUGAGGUAACAUUCCAGUGUUUCUGUUAAAAGAACUGUCUUAAUAUUACAAGGUAGAAUGGAGGAAAACAUUGUCUUCUAUAUUCAGUGCAAUACAUGUUUUAUUGGGUGUAGUUGGAUGGCUGAGGGUGGCUGAUCAACACGUGAAUAGUGUUUGCUAAUUAAAGUUGGUAUUGUGCAUGUGGCCUCUUUGAUUGUUGGUGCAUAUUUAAGUUAAUAGUACAUUUUUGUUCAGAAAUUAUUUGUAACCAGUUUGUUAAAAUGUGUCUAUGUAUAUCAGAAAUAUAUUCUUGAUUUAAAUAAUCAUAAUAUAAUUAUCUGCAGUUAUGUAAUUGAUAUUUAUUUAAACAGAAGUGUGUUUCUAAAGUUGUUGAAAUGGAUAAAGUUCUGCAGCACACUAUGGUGUUCAAAACAUACUGUGUAUGUUUUUCAUAACUUUUUGUUGAGAGAUCAUGCAGUUUUUACUUCAAUCAAAUAGCUUCAGAUAUGGCUUAAAACAGAGAUUUGUAAUAAUGUAUACUUACAACAGAUUUGGCAGAAUUAUGGCUGGAUAUCGUUAGAAUUUCUGACUUGUCCAGUUCAUUUUCAGUAUUAAAUAUUCCAAUACACCCACAGUAGUAGUGAGAUAAGUGAACACUUUCAGAAAUCAGCCCAGACUAUUGUAUUAUUUCAGUAUUUUGGUUGGUUAAGAUAUGCCCAGUACAAUAUGUUUUUAAUUGUUUUGAAGCAAGCAUUUUAACUGGUAUGUAUUACUGUUAAUAUUGCAGCAAGUUUUUAAACCAUGUUUGUUAUACUGUGUUCAUUUUAAACUGUAUACAUUUUAAUACAGUCCACUUGUGUAUUUUCUAGAAACUGUUUUAUUACAUUUUAUUUUGUACAUAUUAUAUCAAGAAAUUACCAUUUGUAUCAAUAAACCAUUAUAUCCAUCAUAACUAAUAAAUAUAAGAAAUAUGAAGGCUGAA